AUGUCCUCGUACUGCGGUUUCGAUGAUCGCUCGUUUGAAGACUUCGACGACUACACGUCGGAGGACAGUGGGUUCGAAAAGAGCUAUGAGUCGUGCGCCGGCGAUCUUACGUUUGCCGGCUGUCUGCAACAGGGCCCGCGGAAGUUGAGUUUUCAGCAUGGAGCGCUCGCCCCACAGAUACCAACCCAGAUGGAUAUGAUGCUUGCCGAAACCGAGACUUCACCUCCAGCGAAGAAACGAGGCCGACAAUCGCUUAAGGAUAAAACGGCAGUGGCGUCCCUAAGCAAGAAAGAAGCCGGUGGCUCGUUCUGUCCCAGUCUGGGUGUUCAAACUUCCACUCCGGUUAAACCCACGCCUGGCGAUGGUGGUGUGGACCAGAAGCCAAAGCGAAAGUACGCGAUGGGCAAAAGUCGUAUCACGCGCAACCGGAGUCCCACGCAGGUGAUGCGCAUCAAGCGUGUACGGCGGCUGAAGGCGAACGAUCGCGAACGGAACCGGAUGCAUACACUGAACGAGGCGCUCGAACGGUUACGGUUAACGUUGCCGACCUUUCCCGAGGACACCAAGCUGACCAAGAUCGAGACGUUGCGCUUUGCGUACAACUACAUCUUCUCGCUGGUGCAGCUACUCGAUUUGGACGGCUCCAUACAGCUGGAUCUGGAGAAGCUGCAGAGCCUCACGCUUAGCGGGGAGCGCAUCAACAAGGAGCUGUUCGACGCGAUGUUCAUCAACCCACCGCCGCCGGGUCAGCACUGGGGCAUGGGAGGACCGUUUACGGCGGGCGAAUUCUACAGCAGCAUCCAGCAGUACGGUGCCGUUGUUAAUGGGCCCAGCACGGCAGAUAUUGCGUUUCCUCAAGCAACGGCUGCGACGGGACAAUUUUCCAAACAAAACUAUAACCUAUUUCGUGGUGCCUUCGAUGCGGCCUACAAUGCACGGUCGCCACCAGUGAACCAGUCCACAUAUCCAGCCGAAUAUUCACACCAACAACAGCAAACCGCAUCGCCGAUGUCGAUGUCCCAGCAAAGACCUCACCAUCAUCAUCAUCCCCAUCAUAAUGGCACUCGACAAGCGUCGUCGUUGGCCGCAGGACCUCCAAACAUGCAGCCCGGACAGCAGCCAACGUACAGUCGCGACGGUUACUACCCACAGAUGGCACAGAAUGGAAUGUCCGAGUUUAGACCAACAGCAAGCUGUCCGGAAGUGGUCAGCCAGCAGCAGCGCCAUUCACCCCCAGGAGGUGUUGGUCAGUCAAUGCACUACAACAGCAGCUUCUACAACCAAACUCCACCCUGGCGUGAAGGCAACGGAGAUCCCAGCUAUACGGGGCUAGAUUCGGGCAUAUUCGAUGACUUUGGUGGUGCCGCCGUAGCAUGA